UGACGGAACUGAGCUGAACAUGGAGCUUUUCUGGAUUUUGUUAUUUUCUGGCGUCUAUCCUCUUACCUGGGGCCAAGGAGUUUACGGUCCAGCCUACGCCCAAAUCGUGCACUCAGGCGCAGCUUGUAACGUCAAGGAUGAUAACAUCAGCGAGAGAAUCUACACCAUCAAAGAAGGAGACACACUAGUACUUCAGUGUAUUGUCAAAGGACACCCAAGACCACAGGUACGAUGGACGAAGACGGCAGGCAGUGCAUCAGACAAGUUCCAGGAAACAUCCAUCUACAACGAGACGCUGCGCAUCGAGGGCAUCCAGAGGGUGCAGGGGGGUCGCUACUACUGCAAGGCCGACAACGGGGUGGGGGUGGCUGCCAUCAAGUCCAUCCGCGUAGAUGUGCAGUACCUCGACACUCCAGUGUUGACGGUGCACCAGACCAUCAGCGAUGUGCGUGGCAGUUACUACCAGGAGAAGACGGUGUUCCUGCGCUGCACUGUCAACUCUAACCCUCCUGCUCGAUUCAUCUGGAAACGUGGGAACAUGCUCAUUGAACAGAGCAAGGACAAUGGAGUGGACAUCUACGAGCCACUUUAUACUCAGGGUGAGACCAAGGUGCUGAAGCUGAAAAACCUAAGACCCAAGGACUUUGCUGAUUACACCUGCCAAGUGUCUGUCCGUAAUGUGUGUAACAUUGAAGAUAAGUCGGUCACCUUCAAGCUCACAAAUGCCACCACUCCUCCAAUGAUCCGGUUAUCAGUCAACGACACAGUGGUGGUAGAUCCUGGGCAGGAUGUACUCAUAACCUGUGAGGUGACUGCAGGUUUCCCCCUGCCCACAGUGAUGUGGACACGAUACCCAGGCCCCCUUCCUCUCAGUGCCCAAGUCCGCGGUGCCAAUCUCUUCCUGCGGGCUGUCACACCUGCAGAUGCAGGCUUCUACAACUGCACAGCGGUCAAUAAUGUGGGCAACCCUGCUCGCAAGAAUGUAAAUCUCGUCGUCAGGACGAUGACCAACCUGACCUUCCAAAUUACACCAGACUCCAACAAGGACAGCGAGACCAUCCAAAUGGGUCGGGACCUCAAGCUGUCCUGCCAUGUCGAUGCCACCCCACAGGACAAGGUCAACUACACCUGGUACAAGAAUGGCGCACCUGUCUUCAACUCAGACAGCCUGAUCUUGCUACGCAGUGAUCCAGACAUGGCACCCGGCACCAGUAGCUUGGAGAUUGUGGACAUGAAGUUCAGAGACUUGGCUACCUACAGCUGUGUGGCUAACUUCCCAGGCAGCAGGGUGCAAGAGCUCCGUGUGGACGUCAACAUCUCUCAGAACAGUGUCUCUCCCCCAAUGUUGACGGUUCCACCAGGAGGUCAGGUGGUCAGUGUGCGAGAGGGAGGCAACGUUGACCUUGUGUGCUUGGCAGAUGGGAAACCACGUCCACCUGUUCUCUGGUCACGGACAGAAAAGGACUUAUUAAUGCCAUCGGGGAAGUCCAUAGUGGAGACACCUGAUGGCCGCCUGAGGCUAAAGAAUGUUAGUCGGGACAUGAUGGGGGUGUACCGCUGCCAGACUGCUCCAUACAAUGGGCUUAACAUCAAACGCCGUGAAGCACAGGUCCAACUCAAUGUGCAGUAUCCUCCCAUACUGGACCCAGUCUUUCAGGAUGUGCGCUCUAGGAACAAUCAGAUGGUGACCCUGAGGUGUGUGGUCCAGCGCUCCAACCCGCCACGCCUGACAGACAUCCGCUGGUUACGUAAUGGUGAUUUCAUCCGUAUGCCUAUGCCUGACAUGAAAGAGACGCCAGAGCUGAAGUUUAAACUGGAACCCAGCAACAGUGGCUCUUAUGUGUGCCGAGUCAGCAAUAAUGCAGGAACGUCAACAUGCACAUUUAAUGUUUCUGCACAACCCUAUAAUGCGGAGUUCUACUUUGACACACCCAACCCAGUCCGGAUUCUGAAAGGAAACAACUACUCCUACAACCUGCAGUGGACACAGAGAGACCCUGAAGCUACAGAUCGUAUUGUAGGCUACUGGAUUAAUAUCCGAAAGAACAAGCAGCCCCUGCUGUCGAGGCAGAUAGACCUCAAGGGGAAGGAGCCAGAGAAGGGUGUACUGAUUUCUCACACUAUAUCAGACCUUAGAAUCCCUCUGUCAUAUGAGGUCCGACUGGCCCCCAUCACCACCUACAGCACUGGGGACUACGUCAGUCGCAUCAUACAGUACUCAGAACCCUACACCUACCCAAGACCUUCAGACCAUGUGUGUGGUUUUGAGGAUGAACGGAUCUGCGGUUUCUCACAAGAUCGGAGUGAUGUCUUUGACUGGACAAGACAGAAUCACCUCACCCAGAAUCCCAAACGAUCUGCCAAUACAGGCCCGGAGACUGACCGCAGUGGAACCAAAGAGGGCUACUACAUGUACAUCGAAGCAUCGAGGCCACGUGUUCAGGGGGACAAGGCUCGUCUGCUGUCCCCUCUUUUUAAUGUGUCCUCAGUCAGGGGCCCCAAGGGUUCUGGUAGAGUGCCAUACUGCGUCUCCUUCUACUACCACAUGAAGGGAAAACACAUUGGCAUUCUCAAUGUACUUCUAAGAGUGAGAAGCAUUGCCUCUGUGGACUCGGUGGUGUGGUCGAAGUCUGGUCAUCAGGGCCCGGACUGGAAGAAAGCAUUCUUUGACAUCAGCCCCAGUGGACCCUUCCAGAUUGUGUUUGAAGGAAUUCGAGGUCCGAGUUUCGAGGGGGAUAUUGCCAUUGACGACGUGUCCAUCACUACAGGGAAAUGCAAGCAGGAGAACACUGUAGCCAGCGCAGGUAAGACAGUUUUGAUCGGGGGAUCACAUUCACUCCCAUUGGCCAGCUGGCUGACCUUUGGCCUCUCCUGUUUCCUGUCGCUGCUCUACAGAUGAUGA